CACUUUUCAAGGUUCCUUCGUCGAUCACUGAUCUAUUUUUAUACUGUAUAUAUAUACAAUUAUAGUUAUGCAUAUAUAAAUACAUACACAGUCGUUAGAUAUACAUAUAUAUUUUUGCAUGAGAUGGUACUGUAGUGGAUCAUCAUUGUCCAUGGCGUUUCGAUUAGCGAUCUCGAGACAAAUCCUCCUCCGGUCAGAUUCAGCGUUCGGAGCGCGAUCCAUGUCCUCCUGGUGGACAAGCGUCCAGCCCGCAGCCAAGGAUCCGAUUCUCGGCGUCACCGAAGCUUUUCUAGCAGAUCCCAGUCCCGAUAAAGUCAAUGUCGGAGUUGGUGCUUAUCGUGACGAUAAUGGAAAGCCUGUUGUUCUCGGGUGCGUCAGAGAAGCUGAGCGGAGGAUCGCCGGAAAUUCAAACAUGGAAUAUCUUCCCAUGGGAGGAAGUGUGAAGAUGGUUGAGGAAACAUUGAAGCUGGCGUACGGGGAGAAUUCUGACUUGAUCAAAGAUAAGCGGAUUGCAGCGGUGCAAGCUCUCUCAGGGACCGGAGCAUGUCGACUUUUUGCAGACUUUCAAAAACGUUUUUGCCCUGAUUCUCAAAUCUACAUUCCGGUCCCUACUUGGUCCAAUCAUCAUAACAUCUGGAGAGAUGCUCACGUCACUCAAAAGACAUUUCAUUACUAUCAUCCAGAGUCGAAAGGAUUAGAUUUUGCUUCAAUGAUGGAUGACAUAAAGAAUGCUCCAAAUGGGUCAUUCUUUCUGCUUCAUGCUUGUGCUCAUAAUCCGACUGGAGUGGACCCCUCAGAGGAACAAUGGAGAGAGAUCUCACACCAGUUCAAGGUCAAAGGUCAUUUUGCCUUCUUUGACAUGGCAUAUCAAGGUUUUGCUAGCGGUGAUCCAGAGAGGGAUGCAAAAUCUAUCAGGAUCUUUCUUGAGGAUGGUCAUCCAAUUGGUUGUGCCCAAUCAUAUGCAAAAAAUAUGGGACUCUAUGGCCAGAGAGUAGGAUGUCUCAGUGUGGUUUGCGUUGAUGAAAAACAAGCUGUGGCUGUGAAAAGUCAGUUGCAGCAGAUUGCCAGACCUAUGUACAGUAAUCCACCUGUUCAUGGGGCACUAAUUGUUUCAACUAUCCUCAGUGAUCCAGAAUUAAAGAAAUUGUGGCUCAAGGAAGUUAAGGUCAUGGCUGAUCGCAUCAUUGGAAUGCGAAUUGCUUUACAAGAAAACCUUGAAAAGUUAGGGUCACCUCUAUCAUGGGAGCAUAUAACUAAGCAGAUUGGCAUGUUUUGCUAUAGUGGGAUGACUCCUGAACAAGUUGACCGUUUGACGAGUGAAUUCCAUAUAUACAUGACACGCAAUGGUCGUAUCAGUAUGGCUGGGGUUACUACGGGCAAUGUUGGAUACUUGGCGAAUGCUAUCCAUGAGGUCACAAAAUCUGCUUAAGGAAUCAAACUGCAACGCUUAUAUCAGCCAAAUAACUAAUUGGGAGGCCAUUACAAUAUAAUUAGGUUUUUCAAAUAUCAUGAUAUUUUUAUCCUCCACUUCCAAUUCCUUCAAAAUUUAUGCUUUUGAAACAUUUUCCCGUUUUGUUUUUCCCCAAAGAAAAUAUGAAUAAGAUAUUGUGCUGGAGUUUUUAACUUUGGAUUACAUCCUUUUCUCUACAUUAACCGUUGAAGGGUGACCUUGGUUUGAGUUUUCUUACAGUUUUGUUAGGACUCCAUGUGGAUCUGGCUGAUCCUUAUCUAGUUUUCCAACAAGAUGUAGUGUAUGUUUCAUACUGUGAGCACGUUAAAGUAAAGGCAUUCGCGACUUCUUUUUCUUCUCUUUU